AUGACAGCUUUGAGUCCGGGCGCGGCCGCCGGGGCGAGCAGCAACCAACAGAUGCGUGGGAAGACAGCUUCUCUGAAGAAGAGCACCGAGAAGCUAGGUGGGGUCCAGAGAGCCCAAGACACCAGUCUGUCCUGGCCAGAAGGCUUGAAGGGUGAAGAUGUAAAGAAGUGUAGCGGAGAAGGGACGCUACGGAGUAAAUACAACCAGCAGUACCACAAGCUGUUUAAGGACAUUCCCUUGGAGGAAGUGGUUCUCAAAGUGUGCUCCUGUGCCCUCCAGAGGGACCUGCUUCUCCAGGGCCGGCUCUACAUCUCCCCCAACUGGCUCUGCUUCCAUGCCAGCCUCUUCGGCAAGGAUAUCAAGGUGGUCAUUCCCGUAGUGUCUGUGCAAAUGAUCAAAAAACACAAGAUGGCACGGCUCCUUCCCAAUGGCCUGGCCAUCACCACCAACACCAGCCAGAAGUAUGUCUUUGUGUCCCUGCUCUCCCGGGACAGUGUAUACGACAUGCUGAGAAGGGUCUGCACCCACCUACAGCCUUCAAGCAAGAAGAGUCUGUGUGUAAGAGAAUUUCCAGAGGAACCUGAGUGCGAGUCUCUGGAAGCCCUCAUCCCUGAGAUGAAGUGGAGGAAAGUGUGCCCUGCCUCCAGGUCCCUGUCCCUCCCAGACAGCAUCCCUUGUAUCUCUCGGGCAUCCAUGGAAUCCACGGACAGCUUCUUCCCCUCCAAGAAGCCUCUGGGGUCUGAGACCUCCGACUGUGAGGAGGAGAAGCUGGAGGCGGGGCCCGCGGGCCACGGGGAGCUCAGGCUCUGGGAUUACCGGCUCCUGACGGUCGUCUUCGUGCUGAUCUGCUUCUUGGUCAUGUCUUCAUCCUACCUGGCGUUCCGCAUCUCCCAGCUAGAACAGCAGUUAUGUUCCCUGAAUUGGGGCGGCUCGGUCCCUGGGCACAGGUGA